AUGCCACGCGAAUAUCUUAUUACAAUGUUGCUUCCUGCUAUCGGUCAUUUCGUUAACGGUAGUCAAAUUCGAACAAAUACCGGAACACCGACGAACAUCUCGUUUUUUACAAUAAUCAUCGGGUAUCCAAGUGUGAAUAAAUCGAGUGCAACAGAAGCAAUUUUGAAUGCAGUUCUUGUUAUUGAAAAACAUCUAGGUAUAAAAACUGAAGAGAGUCGAAUCAAUUGUAGUGCUACUGUUGAAUCACUUUUGACUGAAUUAAAAAAUACAUGUCCGAGACUCAUUCAAGUUUGGGAUCAGGCAGUUACUCUUCUGCAACCAUUUGGUCUUUAUAAACAAGGUGGUGCUGCAUAUGAUCGAUUAAUCAUGUGUACUCUAUACAACUCAUCUGCUGUAGUUAAACGGCAGACUAAAUCAGGAAAUAUUACAGUAGAAAAUCCUGUGCUCAAUAUUGCUGCAGCAGCACAUCCAGCAGAUAUUUUUUCGUCAGUAUCUAAUGAAUCCGAUGAUGAUGGUUUGAUGGCUCGGUUUUUGUUUUCUGCUCCAGAACCUUGCAUUCCUUUAUCUGGUGAAAUUAGAUCACUCAAUAUCGAUGAACCGAGUCUUAAUCAUCUGCUAUACAUUAUACAUUGUUUUAACUCCACAGAACAAAAUGAUGGGCGACGUAAUGACGAUGAAGACCAACGUAUAAUAUAUUCAUAUUCUGCAGAUGCACAAAAGGUCAUCAAUGACGCUUUUGAUGAGUACACUCUUCAAAUUCGAGAAGCAUAUGGAAUUGAUCAAGGCUUGGGAUCAAUUUUAGGCAAAGCAAAAGUGCAAGUUAGCAAAAUAGCUGGUGCUUUACAUGCUGUCUCUUUGGCUGCUGCUGUUUUUGAUCAAUUGAUAAAUGAUGAUUCAUUACCUGGUUAUUAUGGCAAGAUUUUGGCUGAAUCUCGACGAUCAAGAGUAUCAAUGCGAUCAGACGAUGGUAGUGAACAACAAUAUCCAGAAAAGGUUAUUUUACUAGCUAGAGCUACAAAAAUACCAUGGAUCAACAUAUGCCUUAGUCGUGGAGGAUAUAAAACGGCUACGCUACAUCAAGCAGCUGCUAAUCUUCAAAGGGAAAAUCUUGCUAAAUAUAAUGUUUCGCUUAUGGCUUAUCGAGCAUCACUCAAACCUGAAAUAACUGUUUCAACAACUGAAACAGAAGAUGAUGGCAGUAUGGAUGCUUUUCCUCGUCGAGAAGGUGUUCUCAUUCGCAUGUCUCCACCGCCUGUACCAUCACGUAAUCUCAUUGAGACGACUACUACACCAAUUACAAGCUAUGGCUUUCGAUUACCGCCAUCAAUAAAUAGCGUUAGAUCACAACAACGCACAGAGACACAAGAAACUCAAUCUUUUUCAACAAAUGAUAUGGAAACAACACAAAUAACUACAUCUCAGCGAGCUCCACAAGCAAAAACGAAAAAUAGAAUCGAACAAAUCGACAAACCAACAUUACCUAUCUCAUCUCCGCUCAGACAUAUACCUAGAUCGCAGGAAUAUCCUUAUGGAAAUAUUUAG